CGAACAACGAAUCCGUGCUCAGCGCGCACUAACCUGAGGUUAUUAAUUUCUAUUGUUCAAUGCAUAGAUAAUAUACAUUAUCUAUAGUUCAAUGGUGCGAGAAUGUGAUUGUGCUAAAAAAUAAUGAUCUAAGGUCGUGGGUUAUAUUGUUAUAAGUUGAUUAAACGAUGAUAAGGAUACUAGACACCGGUUUUUAGACUUUUAAAAAUAAGUAUUACAGUAUGAGUAUUACUCAAGCACCCGUUCAGUUUAUGAGUUUAUUACUUUAGACUUUAAUUUUUACAAAUUACAACUAAUGUAUCAUUCGUCGUAAUUCAUUUUUCCUACACUUUAUUUAUUUCAACGAAAUCGAGCCACUUUAUUUGAACUUUAAAAAUAUUUUCUACAAAAAUGAUUAGAAUUAUUAAAGUAACUAAUUGUAUCUGGAGAAAUGCAAAUCAUACUCAAAGGUUAUCAGCGAGUGCCUUGCGUUUUUCAACUUCUAACGUUAAAGAUCGUUAUUAUACUGAAAAACACGAAUGGAUUGAUGUGAAAGAUAAUAUUGGUACCAUAGGAAUUUCAGAUUAUGCUCAAGAUGCUUUAGGUGAUGUAGUUUAUGCUGAGCUACCUUCUGUUGGAACUGAAGUAAAAAUUAAAGAAGAAUGUGGUGCAUUAGAAAGUGUAAAAGCUGCAAGUGAAUUGUAUAGUCCUGUAUCUGGUAAAGUAGUUGAAAUUAAUUCUCAAGUGGAAACAAGACCAGCAUUGAUAAAUCAAUCUUGUUAUGAAAAUGGAUGGCUUUUCAAAUUAGAACUAUCAUCUCUGGAAGAAAUACCAAAUUUAAUGAAUGAAGAACAAUAUGCCGAAUUUAUUAAACAGGAUCACAGUUAGUUUUAAAGAAAGUAACUUAGGAUCUGUUAGACAAAAUUAACUAAACACAGUAUGUUGUUAAUUGUUUUACGUUGAUUAUUUCUUUAUGUGUAACAAGUAGCCCAAAUAUAGGUGACUUCUGGUAUGUGUA